AUGACGACUCCUACCGAAACCCCUACCAUCGUGACGCUGAAGGACUCCGACUACGGACGAAUCCUCAGCACGAUUGAGAAUUGCGCGUUCAGCGAAACCGCCAUCCUCACCCCCGCGUACUCCCGAGAGAUCGACAACAUCCUCGGUGAGAUGAGCGCAACCGUUGCCACGAGCACCUCCCUCGCCGUGCACAUCAUAAAGACCACGAAGUUGCUAGAAGAAGCCGCACUUCAUACAGACAUGGACGAAGGAACUCGUACACUCGCCGUACUCCACCUUCAGAAAAGAAUUCGCGCAAUGGCGCUUCACCUCCUACCGCUCGACUUCUCCGACCUUGUAAACCUCGCGGUUAGGACGGCCAUGACAAAGCCUCGCGCCGAAGAAGAAACUAGACCCAACCAUAAAGCACUCGCCAACCUCGCGCUCGCCUUCCCCAUUCCACCUUCCCCUAUGCCCGCGACGCCGAUACCCUUGACGCCUGUGCCAGCAACUCCCUCGACACCCGCACCGUCCUCCCAGCCAUUGGACGCAGUGUUGAUUGAAGCCGGUGACUUCAACCUUAGUAACGGGGUAAUGUUACAGGGAUCUGUAACACCUACUAGAGCCCCAGCUCUCCCUACGCCUGCCCCCGCUCUGCUAGACUCCCCGCGCGCCGGUGCGCCGCCCGCGCCUAGAAAGACAGCGGUCUGGACCGCUAUGACCCUGCCCCCUGGCGCUAUGACCCCGCCCCUGGCCUAGACGGCCUUGUACCUGAUCCAUGAAGGCUGUACGCCUCAUGGACACCCUAGAUCAGCGCAUGCAUAAUGCAUGUCGCUUCAUGAAGAUCCGGAGCGCGCUUGGCGCUUCCUGUACCUAUGCGCAGCUGCCCUUGGCGCAGCAUGCUUGAUCAGAGGUUAAGCCUCAUGUAUCUUAUCUGAACCUCAUGUCUCGCUAUCAUAGAUUUACGAUAUACUAUUGAUUACAGACUGAGCUAGAAUACUUGUAGUACUUCCCUAUAAGUAGACACAGAUUAUUGUACUUAGACUUUACUUUAAUCUACUAGGUUCAUCCC